UCGCCUCAAACGCGCAGGCUUCUGGGUAAUGUAAGGUGCAGGCGGCACAGCACGCUGAGCACGGAGGGAGGACUGCUGGUGAAAAAAUAGCUUCCGCAGUUCCGUCAGCUGGCGAGGUUGAAGGUUUAGUAAGUGUACGCUGUUGGCAUGUUGAACGCUUGUUUUUGUCGUAACAAGGUUAGGUAACGAGCGAGGUAACUACGCCAGCGCUGCAGCUCUUCCUUUGCUUACAAGAGGAGCGACAUGAGUCUGGACGAGCAUUCACUGCUUGCGCUGUCCUGGAGGAAGCUGUACCUCAGCCGAGCCAAGCUGAAGGCUUCCAGCCGGACAUCAGCUCUGCUUUCUGGAUUUGCUAUGGUGGCCAUGGUAGAAGUGCAGCUGGACAACAGCUACCCUUACCCCCCUGCUCUCCUCAUUGCCUUCAGUGCCUGCACCACUGUGCUUGUAGCUGUUCACCUGUUCGCUCUGAUGGUCAGCACCUGCAUUCUGCCCAAUAUAGAGGCUGUCAGCAAUGUCCACAACCUCAACUCUGUGCACGAGUCGCCACACGUGCGAAUGCACCGACACAUUGAACUGGCGUGGGCUUUCUCGACAGUAAUAGGUACAUUACUCUUCCUAGCCGAGGUUGUUUUACUUUGCUGGGUCAAAUUUUUACCUGUUAAGCCCAACAAGUCCAGCAAUAGUACAGUUUCAGCUGGUGUGGCUGCUGCUAUUACCUCCACAUCUAUCAUGGUCCCCUUUGGUUUAAUCUUCAUAGUCUUUGCGGUGCAUUUCUACCGCUCCUUGGUAAGCCAUAAGACGGACAGACAGUUUCAGGAGCUGGAAGAGCUUUCUAAUCUCACCAGGCUACAAAACGAGCUGGACAACAGAGGGGAGUGUUCCAUCCUGCAGUCCCCAAGCUCACAUUUCCCAUAGUGAAGUAUGGUGGAUAUGUGUCCAUGGAACUCUAGUCUGCAUGGGAUAUCACUAAGACAGAAGCCACAUUAUUGACUUCUUUUUUUCUUUCGGGAAUAAAGAUAUCUUACCUCUUUAUUGUAAAUUAACUUACUUAAAAAUACUUUUAGGAAACACGUUGGAUCAACUGUGAACUCACAAAUCUGCCGUGACGCACGGGAAGUUAUUUCAAUUGUUUUAUGUUAUUCUGUUGAUUGUUUGGACCAUGUGAUACAAGACACAUUUUCGUUUGAACAGACAAUCAACAUUUAUUUUCAAUCCUAUAUAAAAAAAGUUGUUUCCUGUUCUCUUUCUAUUCCUCUCACUUGUAAAGCGGAAGCCGUCUCUAAAUUGUUUCCGUUAUACUUAUGAUUGUUUGGACCAUGUGAUGAAAGACAUUGUAUUGUGAAAAUUGAAAGUCUUAAUUGGAGACUUAACACUGGAGACAUUUCAACCAUAACUUGAAAUCCUGUCUGCUGCUUGCUGAAUGUAUUAACCUGUUCAUAUUUAAUACACUUUUGGUUGUGUUUUUUUAAACUACAAGGUAACUCUUUACUCUUUAUUAACUGUGUACAUUUAUUGUAAUGUCCAUCAACUUUUUAUGUAAUGCUUGCUGUUAGUGUUGACUGACUCAACAGCUCCUAAAACUACAGUAUUAUUAGUAUAAUAUAUUUGCUGACGUGACGUCAAAACAGACACUAUUUUGACAAGUGGCAAUCAGAAUUUCUAAAAUAAAUUGAAUGUACUAUUUGAAAA